AUGGUUAUGCUGAAGAUUUCAUCUUUCCUUGCUGUUUAUGCCUUGGUUAUGUGCCAGAUGGAUAGCUCCCAGGCAACCCCACUCAGACCUGGCUUAGACUCUAUAACGGAUCGAGUGACACUCAGUGAUUACGAAGCUCGGCGGUUAUUAAAUGCGUUGGUGAAAGAAUUUGUUCAGAUGACAGCGGAAGACCUGGAACAAGCGACUGAGGGGAAUAGAGCAAAUAAAAAAAAAAAAACAUUGGAGGGUGAGUUGAACUUCAAGGAGGGGGUUAUAUUAAAAUAUGGCAGCAAGAGCCUGGAUAGACCUAUUUCCAAACGCUGCGCCAGUCUGAGUACUUGUGUGCUGGGCAAACUGUCUCAAGAAUUGCACAAAUUGCAAACUUACCCUCGUACUGACGUCGGGGCUGGAACUCCUGGCAAGAAAAGGAAUGUGCUGAAUGACCUGGAAAAUGAACGCUAUGCAAACUAUGGGGAAUCCCUGGGAAACAAUUAA